AUGGUUGGAGAUUUCAUUCCUGCCAUUAAUGGCCUUAAUGGUGUCUUCGAUUUAUGGCUUUUGGUAGAAAAUAAAGUUCAUGGUCAUGAUUCACAUGUUGGUUUACUUAAUGUCAAUGAUAAUUAUAAUGUUAAUCCAUCAUCAGCAAUUGAUUCUAAUCUUAUGAAUUCCACGUCAUCAGUUCAACGUCCUCUCUCUAUAGAUGUCACUGAUGAUUAUACUGUAGUAUCAUAUAAAAAAAGUUCUAAACAUAGUUCAAAUCAAGUUACUGAUCAAAAUGAUCGUGUUAUUAUUAAUUCAUCUACAGCACGUAUUAAUUCUGUUAUUCCAUCUACAUCUGAUUCUGUUAAUCAGCAAAGUAUUGGGAAUAAUCAUUAUGAUGUUAGUGUUGAUAAGAAUAAAUUAAAUCAAAGGUUUUCGAUUACAAAUGAAUCAACACGUUAUGCGUUAACUCGUUUUCCAUUUUCACCUUUUAUUUUACAGUUUAAAUCAGGAAAAGUUACUGUUAAUCAAGUUAAAGAUGAAUUAGUUCGUCAUUGUAAAACAGUUCAUCAAAUUGAUAUUCAUAUUUUGAAUUGUCGUUUAAUUAGACCAAGUUCCAACAUUAAUCAAUAUAAUAUUCUUAUUUAUGUUAAAGAUGUUAUAUCAUUUGCUUUUAUUUUAAAUCAUGAACAUUGGCCAAAGUUAUUGGGUAAUGAAUCAUAUAUUUUAUCUUCGUUACCUUCAAUUCCUCCUCAACUAUGUUGUAUAAUCAAGAAUGUUGAUUUACAUAUCAAUUAUGAUGAAUUUUGUGAAGCUAUUCAUGAUAAAUUUCCUGAAGUUAAAAAUAUAGUACGUUUAAAAAAUAAAUUUCAAAAUGAUAUAAAAAUGGUUAAAUUAGAAUUAACAUGUCCAAAUGUUCGUGAUAAACUAUUAAAUGAUCGUCGAAUUCUUAUUAACCACAUUUCUUAUGUUGUGGCAGAAUUUUUAGCUCCUGCUCAUGUACUUAUCUGCUCCAAGUGUAUGGCACUUGGUCAUUUUCAAAAACAAUGUUCACAAACUAAAGAAACUUGUCGUACAUGCAGCGAAGUUGUCGAUAAUAUGAAGAAUCAUAUAUGUUCGAAGAUAGAAAAAUGUACACAUUGUCAAUCGAACCACAAAUCUAGUUCUCUUAAAUGUCCUGUUGUUGAAGCUUAUCGUGCAGAACUUACACGUAAACUAUUACAUUUAAAUAAUCCACCUGCAGCUACAGUUGAUAUUAAUAAUAUUAUGCAAAAUUAUGUAUACAAGUCGUCGAACUUUUCACCGCCUCCUGUUUCUUAUGCAUCAGCAAUUAAUUCAACAGUUAAUCCUAUGAUUAAUCCUAUGAUGAAAAAACUUGACGAAUUAAUGAACACUAUGUCUGAAAUGAAGAAUCAACUUGCUAGUUUUGAAGUUAAACAAAAUACAAUUGAACAAUUUAUAAUUGCUAAACAAGAAGGUGAUGAUCUUAUUAAACAAAACUUAGAUGCACUUGCUAAGAAUCAACUUGAUUUGAAAAAAGACGUUAUUCAUCAUGGUUUAUUUAUUGAUCGUCAUGAAAAUUUGUUUAUGAACUUAUUGUUACCUAUGUUUCAAGAUGUAUUUAUAUUUAUCUCAUCAUUAAAUAAAGAUAAGAAGGGUAAUACAUUAGAUACUGAUUUAAAAGAUAAAAUAGAAUGUUACCUUAAACAAAUGAAUAAAGUUAAAGAAGAAACUGGUCCUCUUGAUUCGUCUUUUUUUGACAAAAUUUGUCAUGACUUUCAUAUCUUUGCUCGAAAAGGUGAAAAUAAGAAUGGAGGCGUUCUUAUGUUAGUAAAGAAUUUUAUAAAAGUUUCGCGAAUUGAAUGUAAACUACCUAAUGUUUGUGUCGUAGAUGUGAAAGGUGUAGAAGUUGUACGUUUAUUAGGUGUAUAUGCACCGACGAGUAAAUCUUGGGAUUGGCAAGAUUUGUCUCCUUAUGUGACUAAGAAAUGUAUAAUUUAUGGUGAUUUUAAUGUUGAUUUUUGUCAAGAUAUUCAAAAAGCAGAAUCUCUUUUAUCUUGGGCUGAUGAACAUUUUCUUGCUCCUUUUCUCACUGGUAUGCCAACUUCUCUACGUUCUGAUAGAGAAGUUGACUAUGCUUUUGCAAGUAAUAUUAAUAUUACUAUUCAAGCUUAUAGCGGGAGGACUACAAGUGAUCAUGUGCCGAUUUUAUCGGUUAUUCCAUUUAAGAUAGAACAAAAUAAUGUAGGAAAAAAUGUUCAUUGGAAGGUUUUUUCUCUUUUUACUGAAUAUACUUUCUCUUUUUGGGAAGGAUUAUGGAACUUUGAUAAUCUUGAUAAUUUAUAUAAUGAUUACACAAAAUUUUUAUUUCUUCUUUCUGCUCGUUGUACGAUUGUUUUUCCUAUUGAAAAAUAUCGUCCAGCUAUUCCAGUUGAACUCCGUUCCUUCCUUUCAUUUAUUAGAGCGCUUUCCUUUCGACAAAUGAGAACAAAAUGUAGCGAACUAAGAAAUGAGGUUAAUUGUUUGAGAAAAAUCGCUAAGAAAGAACUUAAAAAUUUCUUUUCUUCUAAUCUUUCGUCUGUUCUUCGUUUUCGAAAUUCUUCUUCACCUGCGGGUAAUUUCUUUUGGUCUAGAACAAAGAAACAUCUUAAACCUUCUUCUUCUUCUGUUCAUGCUCUUAUUGAUUCUUCAGGUAAAGCUAAUAAAGAUCCCGUAUCGAUGUGUGAAGUAGCAGCUGAUUAUUACGAAAAAUUUUUUCGCAAAUCUGAAAUCAUUAGACCUCAUCCGUAUACUGAUUCUCCUUUUUUACAUCAUGAAAAUGUGGAUGAAUUAAUUCCGGAGGUAACUUUGGAAGAAUUGAUUUACACUGUGCAGGUUAAACGCAAAAAGAAAUCAGUUGAUGCACAUGGUAUAUGUAAUUAUAUGUUUAAUUUUCUUGAUUUAACUCAUUGGUCAUUGUUUCUUAAACUAUUCAAUCAUUCUUUUCAGAAUACAGUUCUUCCAGAUGCUUGGAAAGAGACUAGAAUGAUCUUGCUUGCUAAAAAAGAAUCUAUAUGUUCUCCUGCUUUAACACGUCCGAUUUCACUGAUUGAUUCUUUUCUUAAGAUUGGUGAGAGAUUAUUUCUCAAUAGAUUUCGUGAUGUUCUGUUACGUAGAGGUUUACUUCCAGAUAAUCAAUCUGGUUUUCGUGAUGGUUUUCGUCUUCAAACUAGAUUAUUAAUAUUUCUUGAGGAUGUGUACAGUUUAAUGUCUAAUAGUGCACCCGUUUGUACUAUCUUUAUAGAUUUUCGUUCCGCUUUUGAUCAGUUAUGGCUUAGUGGUUGUAUCGGGAAACUUUUUAGGCUCGGUAUACCUCGUUCUUAUAUAUUGUGGAUAGACGCUUGGCUUCGACGUCGAAGAUGUUAUACUGAAAUUAAGGGUCAUAAAUCUCGUUAUUUUAAUAUUGAGAAGGGUGGACCUCAAGGAAGCGUGUUAACUCCCACAUUGUUCAUUUCUUAUCAUUGUGACAUGGGUCAGUUUCUUUCUAGUUGUACAAGUCAUUUUUUUGCAGAUGACGUUACCGCUAUACUAGCAGGUCAAAUGGGUGUUCGUCUUACUGAUCAAUGUCUUGAUCUAGAAAAACGUGUUAAAUCAUUCUUAGAUCGACUUGAGUUUUACUCAUGUUUAUGUGAUCAACCGUUAAAUCGUUCAAAAACUGAUGCUCUAUUUAGUGCUCGUGCGAUAGGUUUGCCCAAAUUUACUAUUUCAUUUGAUAGUGAUGGAGGUGAUCAGAUUAAAUGGAAAAAAGAAUAUAAGUGUCUAGGAUAUAUUAUAUCCUCUAAAUUUGGUUGGGGAAAAUUAAUUAAAGAUGUAGAAUGUAAAGUCAGACAGAGGAUAUCUCUUAUAAGAUCGUUUAAACUUUUUGGUUGUUCCUCACCUAGUGUUCGUAAAGUAUUAUUUUAUUCUCAUGUUCUACCUAUAUUUACAUGGAUCUAUCCUGUUUAUCCUCUUUUGACUCGUAAACAACAGGAAAGUAUGUGUAAGUUCUAUUAUACUUCAUUACGUCGUGUUCUAUUCUGUCUUGAAUGGAAUGAUAUUUUUUUUUCAUAUGUACUUGAUGAGUUAUCUUUGGAAGAUCGUUGUUCUGCAUACUGGAAUCGGUAUCUUAUUGCACUUUCCGCUUCAACAGAUGGUAAUCUUCUUUUUGAAAAAGCGAAUUUAUAUGUCUAA